AUGAUGAGGCCAGAAGAGGAGGAAGAGGAGGGAACCAGGAUUCAGGCAAAAGGAGACUUGGAGAUGAAGAAGGAGGAGGAGUUCUGUGAGGCUGGAGAGCUGGUGCCCACCUUGAUACCCUACAACAAGGGAACCUGGUUUUCUGAGGCAUGGGAGUAUUUCCACUUGGUCCCUGCUUGUGCUGGUCACCAUCCCAACCAGUUUGCCACCUGCUGCCUAUGUUCAGGGGUCAACAUGGGCACCACUGCUCUAUGGAAGCAUCUGAAAAGCACGCUGGAGAAGAGCGGCCACAGCCAGGCUGGGCAGCGCGAGGACCCACGGCCCCCAGGGCCGCAGCUUCCCGUGUGCAUUGAGGGAGACUGGGGCAGGCUCCUGGAGCAGCCCAGCACCCUGGCUUUGUGGGCCAACCAGAGGGAAAAGGAGGUGCUUAGGAGGGAAAGGGCAGUGGAAUGGCAGGAGAGGGCUGUGGAAAGAUGGAAGCAGGCCUUGGAGGAGGUGGAAAGGGCCAUCCUGGGAAGGAAGUGGAAGGUGAAGGCUGAGAAGGAGGCCUGCCAGCGUGGUGAGAAGGACCUGCCAGCAGCUGCACAUCCUUUCCAUUUUGUUUAAAUUGUGCUUAGGGGACUGUCAAUACUGACUUCAGUCAUUUUAGUUCCAGCUCAAACAUAAAGCACGAUUUGGUGGCAUUUCUAUUUUUAAGAGAACGAGUACAUAGUGUGAUUCAUCUCAACAGGUCUGAGUGGACCAAAGGCCUAUAUACAGGGUCCGAGCAUUUGCUGACCCUUGGCAAAAACCUCAGAAUGUGUUAACUAAAGAUGGAAGUCAUUUGGCUAUCAUCUACCUGUGAGUUGUUUCAGGGCAGAAGGUAGUAGAUGGUCAGUAUUGUUUAGUAAAAAUAACUGGAUUUAUGCCUAACACGUGGUUUCAGUGGAGUAAAGAUUGAGACAGUUGAGGCUGGGCAGCGAGCUAGAAUGUAUCCUCCUGAGCAGCUCAUCUCAGAGACUCCAGCAGAGCACAACCAGACUCCCUGGGACAGAGAUGUUUGCACAUAUCCUGGUGAUGAUCUCAGACCUAGGUACAAAACUUAUUCUGUGUGAUCCCCCAUGGAAGGACAAAGGUCCAGCCCAAGCUCUCUGGACACUUGAGGGCAUCUU